AUGUCACUGGGUACUAAUUCUUCGGAUGUGAUCAUCGUUGAUUCAUCUCCGUCGGUUCAGGAGGACGAGAGAGGCGUUUCGCAUUUCGCCCUCAUCUUCAUUGACCGAGCAGGUAAUUUACGCCACGAAACCUCAUCUUCUAUUUCCGAAAGUCGUGAUCGAAUCCUGUCACCCCAGGUCACAAAUCAAUUUUUACAGGCGGUGUCAACAUUCGAAGAUGAUCACGCCACUAUUCAACAGCCACAAAUAGGUGCACAGGCAACAUCCUCUAGCGGACUACCGACUAUCCAGCCCGCACCCCAAAUUAAUCGGACUUAUACCCCCCAUACUACGGAGAAUUCGGCAAUCCAGACAGUUCUUAACGGACAAGCAGCUCAAACACCCCAGGUUCUACCAAUACCGUGGCCCAGAGAGCUAGUUCAUCGGUCUGAGAGAGCCAGUGAGCUUCUGCAGCAUGAAGCUACAUCAAAACUAGCUGUCACAGUACCUGCUUCCAAGAAUAUCAUGAUAUCUUUGGGCAACGCAAACUUCAUUCGUAGGUACUACGAAAAGGUUUUUGAGAACCUGCAACAGACGAAUUGCCGAAUCCUUGCAAAGGUUUAUGUGAGACUUGUGGAGCCGAGGAAACAAGUCAGGUUUCCCUAUAAUGGACGGAAAAAUGUGGCGGGAGUAACGCAUCAAUGGAGCCCAGAAGAGACUAAACCGCCAUGGUGGCCGCUUGAAGUAAGGCACCGAGAGCCAGAUCAUUUACACAAGGCUGAACGAAUCGAACUUCUUGUUCAUAUCCUCUCGGAAUUACGCGCCAGUCAUGGAGUCACUGCACGCAGAUUGAGAGCCGCAGAUGAGACCAUACGACGACAGAUAUGUCCAAGCGACCGGAUUGGUCUACUUGAUGAACUAUACUACGUCCGAGAAAAGCAAGAAAAACUACUCGAUGGAACUUUAAAUGUGAAUGCAAGAGUUUCGAUCUCGCGGGACAACGUGCCAGACGACUUGGAACUUGCCAUUCUUCAAAAUCAGAUUUGCAUAAGAGGCUCUCCAACUAGUCACAAGUUCAUAGCACCCCCAAUAACCCAAGGCCCUCCGCUACUAGGCGGUUCAAUCCCAGAAAUCGCACAUAUUCUGCCCCCUGGUUCUGGUGCCAUAGACAACGAGAAAAUAAAGUCUACUCACCAGCUGCCCGUUACUAGCCCCCAACCUGUUUCUCUUCCGACUAAUGUAACCCCUUCAAAUAUCAGCCACCACCACCAAUAUUCCCAGACGAGUUUCCUUUCUACCCCGAGUUCUGUCUCCAUGGAUCAGUACUUCCCUGACGACUUUGACUAUCAAUCCUACCUACCAGAGGCGCCGCAUGAAAUUCCAUCCCAGGAGCUGGAGUAUUCUCAGAGCAAAGCCCGGUCUCGGAUGGAGAUUUUCAGAGAAACUGUGAACGUUGAUGAAUCGAAUCAAGGACUGGAGGCUUGUGCGUGGUACUGA